AUGGAAGAUACACUCUUGCGCCGAUUGCAAAAUAGUCAUCUCGAUGACGAUGACGAUGACAAACGCAAAAGUGAAAGUGAAACUGAUAACGACGACAAUGAUACAGAAGGAGAAGAAGACUCACUUGCAUUCAGUCCACAACAACAAUAUCAUCAACAACUAAACAGUAGGGUAUCGGGGCCACAAACAGGGCCAAAAGGGGUGAUAGCAGAUCACAAAUAUUACAAACAACAACAGUUGGCAGACAAAUCAAAAGCCUAUGCAGAUUACAAUGCACACAUGCGAGCUAAGGCGCUUACUACCACAACUUAUUUACAAGAUCUUCAGCAACAAGAAGAAUUAGUGUUGGAGCAUAAACCGUCACCACUAUCUGGGGCAAAAAACCUUAUAUAUGAUGAGGACGAUCAGCUAGAGGGUGAUGACGACACUUUCCUUAAAGAUUAUCGACAGAAGCGACUUUUAGAAUUGAAAAGACUUCAGGAACGAAAUCAUGCUCUACGUCAACAGCAGAAGAGAUUCGGUCAACUAAAGACAAUAGCGGCAGACGAUUAUGCAGAUGAAGUGGAUAACGAAUGGAAAUCUGUGCCUGUUAUCAUUCAUUUAUUUGAUUCCAGUUUACCGAAAUGCAAAGAGUUGGAUACUAUUUUGACUGAUUUAAGCAAGAAAUAUAGACUGGCGAAAUUUCUACGUGUUUCUGCUCAAGAUUUGGAUUUCGACCUCGUAGGUUCACCUGCUAUUCUGGCCUAUAAAGGAGGCAUUCUUGUUGCGAAUCUGGUAAGACUAGUAGAUCAAUGCAGCGCGACAUCACGAUUUGAUAUAGACUCGAUUGAAGAAGUUCUUUUAAGAAAUGGUGCCUUAUCGGAACAUGAUUUAUAUGAAUUACCUACUCAUUUGAACAAGGAAGAAGAAGACGAUUAUUGA